AUGACUUCUACAUUACCAGCAUUCACCGAUCUCAAUGCCACCUGGGCUUUCAUUCAACCAGGGUUGGAGUUCAUACUUGGCGCACAGAAUGAUCAAGGUGUGACUUCGACAAUGUAUAUGAAUUGCUAUACUGCUGUCUACAACUAUUGUGUCAACAAAUCAAGACGUGGCCUGACAGCAGCAUCAGUGGCCAGUAGCACAGAAAAUAACUCCUACUCACUAGCCGGCGCAGAGAUUUACAACAAAUUGGAAAUGUACUUGGUGCAGUUUAUUCGUAAUUUGAGGAAAAACCCCAAUGAAUCGUUUUUGGAGUUUUAUGUUCGCCGUUGGACGAGAUUCACCAUUGGUGCAGUGUACAUGAAUAACGUGUUUGAUUAUAUGAAUAGGUACUGGGUGCAAAAGGAGAGAUCUGAUGGGAGGAAAGAUGUGUUUGAUGUGAAUACAUUGUCAUUGAUCAAGUGGAGAAACGAAAUGUUUCAACCAAAUGCUGAUAUUUUAAUUGAACAGGUCUUAGAUUUAAUUGAGAAGCAGAGAAAUCAUUUGAUUGUUGAUACAAAUUUGAUAUCAAGUGCUAUCAAAUCAUUGGUUUACUUGAGUAUUGAUAUUCAAGAUUUGAAAAAGCCAAACUUGAUCAUUUAUGUCAACUCGUUUGAAAAGCCAUUUUUGGAUGCAACAAUGAGCUACUACACAAAGGAGAGUUCCGAGUACUUGGCAAAUCACAAUGUAGUUGACUAUAUGAAAAAAUGUGAAACCAGAUUAGCGGAAGAAAUCUCCAGAUCGAACACUUUUUUGGAAGACCAUUCAAAAAAGGCAUUCAUCAAUAUUCUCAACCAAGCAAUGAUUGAAAACCAUGCUUCAGAAAUGUAUGAUCAGUUUAUAAUAUUGCUUGAACAGAACCAGAUCGACCAUAUCCAACGAAUGUAUAAACUUUUAAUGAGAGUACCAAAGACUUUAGACCCAUUAGCUUCAGCUUUGGAGGAGUACAUUAAAAAGGAGGCCAAUGUGGCUAUAGAAAAGAUUAAAAACCAGGCAGAUACGGACGUAAAGGAAGGAAGAAAAAAAUCAGGUGUUGAGCCGAAAGCUUACAUCAACACAUUGAUUGCCAUAUACAAUCAGUUUAACGACAUUGUGAUCCAAGCUUUCAACAAGGACACCAAAUUUAUCAGGUCUUUGGAUAACGCUUGUCGUUACUUUGUCAAUAACAAUGUCAUUGCUCUUCCCAAGCCCAGAGCUGCAUGUAAAACACCAGAGUUUUUGGCCAAAUACGCUGAUGGAUUUCUCAAAAGCAAUGCCAAGGAUGCUGAUAUUGUUGAUAUGAAUGCUGAAAACUUGAUGAUUGUGUUUAAGUUUAUUAAUGAUAAGGAUACUUUUGAGGAGCAUUAUCGACGCUCAUUGGCAAAGAGGCUAAUCAAUGGUACUUGCAAGUCCGACGAAUUAGAAGAAAGUGUUAUCCACAGAUUACAAGAAGAAAACUCUAUCGAAUACACCUCCAAAAUGACAAAAAUGUUUUCCGAUAUGAAGGCAUCGGAAGAUUUGAAAACAAAAGUAAAGGAAACUCUUGACCAAUCCGUUGUCAAGGAAUUUAACCCUUUGAUUCUUGCACAAAGUAUGUGGCCAUUCCGUCAUGUUCCUGAUUACGAUUUGAAAGUGGCUCCAGAACUUGAAGCACCACUUGCGCACUUAAAACAAGUUUACGGAAAUCAGCACCAGGGAAGAAAGUUGCAAUGGCUAUUUAAUCACGGUAGAGCGGAAGUUAAAGCCAACCUUUCAAGAAAAGGAAAACCACCAUUCCAAUUUCAAGUUAGUAACGUUCAAUUGAUGAUUUUAAUGGCUUUUAAUAAAAAACCCAGUUACUCAUACAAUGAGUUGUACGAAAUAGUUGGUUGCAACAAGACCGUGUUUGAUAACCAUCUUAAUCCUCUCAUAAAGUUUAAGUUGGUGGAGUCUUCGAGCGAUGACUUAUCCGAAGCUGUCCUCAAAAUUGUGGAGUACUAUAAUUCCAAAAAGGUUAAAGUUAAUUUCAUUAGUGGUAUUAAAUCAGUUGAUGUCAAACAAGAGGAGGAAGACGCCACACGGGAGAUUGUCGCUGCUAGACAAACCUACAUACAGGCCACCAUUGUUCGAAUUAUGAAAAGCAGAAAAGAUUUGGGAAAUGCCGAUUUGUUGAACCAAGUAAUGGAAGCAGCUCUGACAAGAUUCACAACAAGAGUUCUCGAUAUAAAGAAGCUGAUUGACACAUUGAUUGAAAAGGAGUAUAUUCGUAGAGAGGGGGAUAAAUAUGUCUAUAUUAGUUAA